AUGGCCAGCAAGGAAGAAGAAAAUAUUAGGAUUGAUGGGAACAGUAAGGAGGCAGAUGUGACAGUUAGCAAAAGGACUAUAGCUAAUCCUGCUAGGAAAUUGGUUGAGGUCAGAACAAAACAGCUGAGAUGUUUGUACACUAAUGCAAGGAGCCUGACCAAUAAAAUGGAUGAACAAGAAUUACUGGUACAGGAUGUGAAGCCAGAUAUUAAAGGGUUAGUAAUCAUGACUGGAACACAGUUGGAAACAACAGAGGAGGAGGAGAAAGACGUGGAUAUAUUAGUUGAUUGCAGGAUGACUGAACCAGAAUAUUCAGCAGCUGUUCCAGGCCUCCCAACAUCAUAUGCUGCUAUCCUAAGAAUUAAAUCUGCCAGUUCAUCUUCAGCACUCUUUAAUUCAAAGAACAGGCCACGAUUAAGCAGCCCUUCAUUAGGAAGCAUGUCUUCACCAGGCUGGAGAGGAACAGCACAACACUAUCGCUCACCAACAAACCUCUAUCACUUCUCAGAGGCCUUCAAACAUGAUGAAAGUGUUGAUUACGGGCCGGUGUUUGUGCAAGAGCCAGAUGAUGUGAUUUUCCCUACUGAUUCUGAAGAGAAGAAAGUGUCUCUGAAUUGUCAAGCACGAGGAAACCCUGCUCCUAUUUACAGAUGGCUACGAAAUGGAACUGAAAUUGAUAUUGAAAGUGAUUAUCGCUACAGUUUGAUAGAAGGAAGUUUUAUCAUCAGCAAUCCCAAUGAAGCAAAGGAUUCUGGGCAAUAUCAAUGUUUAACCACCAACGUGUUUGGAAGUAUUUUGAGCAGAGAGGCCACCCUUCAGUUUGCAU